AUCUAUUCCAGUCGACACAUAUCACUAUCAAUGCUGCCAUCGAUCGUGAUACGAACAGACAGACCUGAAGCAAACCAGGGUUGCAUGGUACCGAGCAACUCCAGACAUGAUAAGCGCAAAUAUAUAUCUAAUAUCUAAUAGAAAAGAGUGACAAGAUUACUGCGACGGACCUAAAUGGCUGUAACUGCAAUUGUAUCCCUUCCAGAAGCGUUUCCAGCGUUGCAUCGAGUCAUUUAGAUCGCUUGGCUGAUCCAUCCAGCGCCCGCUGAGCCGCCAAGAUGCCAAGGUGCCAAGGUGCCAAGAUGCCAAGAUGCCAAGAUGCCAAGCGGAAAAAGUAGGGGAGAUAAGGAGAGAAAGAAGAAAAAAAAAAAAAAAAAAAAAAGGAAAGAAUAAAGAUCCUUUCGCAGAUCGCCGGGGAAGUAAUACUCUGCUGAUCCCAUCCCUGCAGGUGGCAUCGCAUCGUGGCCGUGAUCGUGCGACGUUGUCUAUAAGAUACGACGCGGGCCCGCUGUGCCUCCUUUCUCGUUGGAAAGCAAAGAAAGAAGAAAGAAGUACGUUAAAGCGGCAUCAUGGGUGCCUAUGCCGACUGGGUUCAUCGCACCAAUCUCUGGGUCGCCCGGAGUCCUGUUGGGAGAUACUUCUUGCUGGAGGGUUCGGGGCAUGUACGUCUCAUGUUAUUCCCACCUGGAUUUUGUUUGCCUGGAAUAAUGGAAGUUCUUUUCAGCCUAGGGAACGCAAGGGAAGUUACUUCUUCACCGAGAUCCGUGCCGGUCUAGCGACCUUCUUCGCCAUGGCGUACAUCAUCAGCGUCAAUGCGAGCAUCACCUCAGACACAGGCGGCACCUGUGUGUGUCCCAAAGAAAGCUGGGGUGACAAGUGCGAUUCUAACACCGAAUAUAUGCUGUGCGUCGAGGAGAUUCAUCGAGAUAUCAUCACCGCUACCGCUGCCAUUGCGGCCCUGUCGACUUUCAUGAUGGGUCUCCUUGCCAACCUACCAGUUGCCAUGGCGCCUGGUAUGGGAUUGAAUGCGUACUUUGCGUAUACUGUCGUCGGUCACCAUGGCUUCGGCAUGAUCCCCUACAGCGUUGCCCUCACCGCUGUCUUCGUCGAGGGAUGGGUGUUCUUCGCCUUGACCCUUCUCGGCAUCCGACAGUGGCUGGCUCGUGCUAUACCCGCUUCGAUCAAACUAGCUACCGGCACAGGCAUCGGUCUGUAUCUCACACUCAUCGGGCUGAGUUACAGUGCUGGAAUCGGCCUGGUCACUGGGGCAAGCGACACCCCUCUUGAACUGGCAGGGUGCUCGUCCGAGUCGCUCCAGGACGGCCUCUGUCCCGCGUCUGAAAAGAUGCGCAGUCCCACCAUGUGGAUUGGCAUCUUUUGCGGAGGAGUAUUGACUGCGCUCUUGAUGAUGUACCGCGUCAAGGGUGCAGCGAUCAUGGGCAUCUUACUGGUGUCUAUCAUCUCAUGGCCGCGACCAACCCCCGUCACAUAUUUCCCGCAUUCAGUGAUAGGAGACAACAAGUUCGAUUUCUUCAAGAAAGUCGUGACUUUUCAUGAGAUCAAGCAUACACUGGUGGCGCAGGAAUGGAAUCUGUCGGGUCACGGUUCGCAGUUUGGAUUGGCUUUCAUCACGUUCCUGUAUGUUGACAUUCUCGACACGACGGGUACGCUGUAUUCCAUGGCGCGCUUUGCUGGGGCUAUCGACGAGCGUACGCAGGACUUUGAGGGCUCUGCCUUUGCAUAUAUGGUCGACGCCAUCAGCAUCUCCAUCGGGUCCCUCUUCGGCACACCCCCAGUGACAGCCUUUGUCGAAAGCGGCGUCGGUAUUUCCGAAGGAGGUAAAACCGGCCUGACAGCCUGCGUUUCUGGGAUAUGCUUCUUCAUCGCCGUGUUCUUCGCCCCGAUCUUCGCUUCCAUCCCACCCUGGGCGACGGGCUGCACACUCAUCAUCGUCGGCGCAUUGAUGUGCAAGGCCGCCGCCGAUAUCAACUGGCGGUACAUUGGCGACUCGAUCCCAGCCUUCCUAACCAUCGCCAUCAUGCCGUUUACUUACAGUAUUGCAUACGGUCUGAUCGCCGGUAUCCUCAGCUACAUCACGCUGAACGUCAUCGUGUGGAUCAUCGAGAAGGCGACCUUCGGCCGCAUCGUCCCUCCAAACAAGGACGAGAAGGAUCCGUGGUCGUGGAGGAUUCCCGGUGGGUUCUUCCCUCCGUGGUUAAAACGGGCUGCGCAUGGGAAGAAGGAUUUCUGGCGGGCGGAUGAGGAGACACUCGGUGCUGCACCCGGGGAGUGGGUUCCUCAGGAUCGUUCGGUAAAGGAGAAGGAGGAACCGGGAGUCGAAGGGAGGAGUCUUAAAUCGGCUUAAUCGUGUAGCAGGAGUGCUAUGUACUUGGAUCCUAAAAGACAGAUCAAUGACGACAGAGGAGGGAUUAAUCGUGUUUGUGUUUCCAGAGGUGAUCCUUUGGAAACUUGGUUAUAUUGCUAUAACAUGCUAUAACAUACGUGUUAGUUAGUUACUUCAGUUUCGCAUUAGUCGUGUCUGUAUAUAUAUAUAUAUAUAAAACUGCUGUACAAAUUUCAUAUUCCAAGCAUUCAGGGCAUUGCGAAAGGGAACUGAUCCAGCGAAGAUAACUGAUCCGACAAGAACUCAUUCACGAAAUCCAAGUUCAGUUCCGGAUACUGGCUGGUCUCGUCCUGCGGGACCGGGGUAAUUGUCGCGCCCUCCGACAGUGACGCGUCGUGACUCCGAAUGAUACUGCCUAGAAGGUCGAGUUCUUCGCAUCGUCGACGGUGCUUCAUCGUCGCGAGCCAGCAGGCGACGUGGUACGACUCCACCGCGGACUUCGUAUUGUACUGCUCUACGACGUAGUGGAGGGUCGACAGGGCCUCGUCGAGCAACGAGAAGCAGUCCUGUUUAUCAAAGGACAGGAAGGUACAGGAUAGCUGGAACGGGAUGUUGAGGACGUGGCACCAUGGGGACUUUUGACUCGCCAGUCUGCGUGCUGUGGCGAGACUCUUCCGCGACAAUGCCACGAACAGUUCGAAGAAGUCGUCUGGGAUGUGGAAACGCAGAGCACGGACGCGCCGGCACAUACACAGGGCGAUGUUGCAUUGGAUUAGCUGGAGCAUCCCGUGUUGAGGGUCGAGUGCGCACAACCGGUGGAACUCCGCCAGAAGCUCUGCAUAAGUGCGAGCUCGAUCAGGAUUCAGAAAGUCGGACGACUGCCAGAGCUGGACCUGCUCCACGGUCCAGGAGUCCUUUGGCAGGACAGAAGAACCGCCGCGCAGUUCAACGGGCGACCUGCCGCAGUCGAAGGAGACCCAGGUGUUGAACAGUCGCGCCACGGAGUAGAUCCUCCGGCGGCGCUCGGGAUCGUGAUCCUCCAUGGACUCAGCCAGGAUCGAAUGAUGCGACGGUUCAAAGUGUAGCCGGAUGGUCUCGAUCAUAUGCAUGAGCGUGCAUGUGGCUAUCCAGGUUGCCUGCGGAGAUCCCGCCAGUCGCAGGUAUAUAACACGGAGCAACCACCCGAGGACAUGGUGGAUGGAGGGAUUGGACAGGUUACUGGAGUGCUCCAAGGCCAGUCGAGCACUUUGGACCAGCUGUUCCUCCAGAGUGGAGGGACUCUGGCUGAACAAGCAUCCGAGCGCGGCGACUCCACAGAGCAAGGAGUCACUGCUGUCGUACACGGUGCCUUUCAUCCACCGCGGGCCGAUGAGCUCUUCUAUCUGCUGCCGGUCAAGAAAAUCAUAGACCGGGUGCACUUCCGCGAAGUAGACGGAUGUCAGCUCGGACAUCUGCUCCAUCGACAGGAUCUCCGUGAGGGUCAGAUACUGCGGAGUCCAUG